AGACCGUCAAGAUGGGUCGCCGUCCCGCCCGUUGCUCGCGCUACUGCAAGAACAAGCCGUACCCCAAGUCGCGUUUCGUCCGCGCUGUCCCUGACCCCAAGAUCCGCAUCUAUGAUCUGGGUCGCAAGCGCGCCCACGUGAUGGACUUCCCUCUGUGCGUGCACAUGGUGUCCAACGAAAUUGAGCAGAUCUCGUCGGAGGCUCUUGAGGCCGCCCGUAUCUGCUGCAACAAGUACCUUGUCAAGACGGUCGGCAAGGAAGGUUUCCACAUUCGCAUCCGCGUCCACCCCUUCCACGUUGUCCGCAUCAACAAGAUGCUUACCUGCGCCGGUGCUGAUCGUCUGCAGACCGGUAUGCGUGGCGCCUUCGGCAAGCCCGCUGGCAAGGUGGCUCGUGUCCGUAUCGGCCAGCCCAUCAUGUCGGUGCGCUCGCGCGACGCCAACAAGGAUCACGUCAUUGAGGCCCUGCGCCGCUCUAAGAUGAAGUUCCCUGGCCGUCAGCUCAUCAUUGUCUCCCGCAAGUGGGGUUUCACCAAGUGGGAUCGCGAUGAGUUUGACAAGCUGCGUCAGGAGGGCCGUCUCGUCCCCGAUGGCUGCCAUUGCCAGCUCUUUUCCGAGAAGGGCCCCCUGACCAAGUGGUACCGCCACGAGGCCCGGUAAACAGGUUGUUUUCUUCCAUUCAGGAGCAGCCUUUUCCCUUUGGUUGACGAGGUCGGAGAUUGCGCCAUCCCAAAGUUUUUAACGCGGGCCGCGCAACGCUGUGACGGCUUGCAGCGUUGCGCGAACCAAAUGGUCGCCUUUCAAAGAAAUUGACAGUUUGCCCGUUA